AUGUCAGUCAUCCCAGCAUGCACCUCUCUCCUCUUCCUGUGCCUGUGUCAGUUCCUGGCCUGGGCCGGGGGCAGUCCGCUGCAGCCCUGUGAGCCCAUUAAUGAAACCAUUUCUGUGGAGAAGGAGGGGUGUCCGAAAUGUAUGGUGUUUCAGACCUCCAUCUGCAGUGGCCACUGCUUUACAAAGGAGCCCAUCUACAAAAGCCCGCUGUCCACUGUGUACCAGCGCGUCUGCACCUACCGGGACGUGCGCUACGACACGGUGCGCCUGCCGGACUGCCCUCCCGGCGUGGACCCCCACGUGACCUACCCCGUGGCCCUGAGCUGUGACUGCAGCCUCUGCACCAUGGACACCUCGGACUGCACCAUCCAGAGCCUCAGGCCAGACUUCUGCAUGACCCAGCGGGCUGUUCUUCCUGCCUACUAG